AUGCCUCGCAGCCCUCAUCCUCUUGCUCUCUUUUCCCUCGUGCCUGCAAACGAUAGGGCCGCAGCAGUUCUACUCCAACCCGAAAAUUCCCGUCUUGUCUCACGUUUUGUGGACAGCAACCUCCAUGUCGAGGGGUAUGGACUCGACAUUGGCUUAUUCAUCGGCUCAAAGUCACGCUACACGUUGGCCACCAUCGGACGCUGCGGCGAUAUCAUCGUCGAAGGGGCGGGUAUCUCGCGUAUACAGUGCUCUUUCGAGAUCCACGAGAACAAUCAGAGGGAGAUCAUGCUCCAAGAUCGCUCAACCAAUAAAUCGACUCAGUUUUUCGGGGAGACAGCGAGGCCAUUCGAGUCAGGGCGUACCCAUCGCCGUGUUGUCCUGGAUGAACAAGUCAAUCUAGAAUUCGGGUUUGGCGGAGCGGCGUGCGAUUUGUACCGAUUUCGAAUCGCUUGGCAUGAUCGUGGUAAACUCAUGGCCAACUUGAAUAUCGAUUAUCGGGAAGACAAACCGCGUCUGACUCGCACUGUCGUAGAUGAGCCGCCGACUAUUGCACCAUCUAGGCGUAUUACCCGGAUCCAUACUCCUGGCGACCUAGAAAGGAUCAGGUACUCAAGACGAGAGGUCCUUGGAAGCGGAGCGUUUGGGGAGGUUUGGAAGGUCGCCAAUAUCGAUUCUGGAGAGUAUCUGGCGGUCAAGCGUGUGAAGCGCCCAGCCCUCCUGUCCGAUGAUUUUGUUCGAUUGAAACGGGAAGUCGAGACGUUAUCCCGCAUUUCUCAUAGGCACAUCGUAGAAUACAGAACAGCCCAAUGGGAAGACCAGCACCUUGAAAUAUUCAUGGAAAUCAAGGCUGGGAACGUCGAAGACCUGGUCCGGGGUGGCGUCUUUAUAACAGAACCAGCUUCAGCCAGCCUGCUUUUUCAUCAUUUGCUUCAAGCGCUUGACUACCUCGCGAGCCUAGAGAUCAUUCACCGAGACGUUAAACCCGAGAAUAUUCUAUAUACGCCUCUGCCAGAUGGGAGCCGUCUAUACCAACUUGCAGACUUUGGCCUUGCGAACAUAGUUGCUGACGCCCAAACGUUCGCUGGAUCAGGAAUCUACAUGGCUCCUGAGCUGGACAAUGGCCCGCAAUGGCCCCAGACGCCGAAGAUGGAUGUCUGGUCCCUCUUUGUCACUCUCACGUACGCGAUGAAUGUAGGCGGCUUUCGAGAGAAACCGUUGCACACAACUGCCCUUAGAAUCAAGGCUGUCCAGGAGGCGGCCAACGAGGUAAUAUUUCAACCUCUUCGAGACAUGGCAAUCGAGGAUCCUAGCCAGCGAGCGACAGCAGGGGAUAUGUUGGAUAAGCUCUUCGCCGGAGUGGGCCGCACCACUUCUCGCAAUCGGAUUCACGACGCUGCUGCAGUCUGUUCCCCAGGGCCGUCGCCCGUUCAGCAGGAGACAAAAUGGGUCAAUAGAGUAGUAGAGCAGAGGCCGCCAAAAGAGGGUGCCGUGGCGAGGGCGAAGCGUCGGAGACCGGUUCAUCCUGUACCCGGCCCUACAACACGUGCAGUCCAGAGACGCGUGAGACAAGACGAGCCUCGAUUGCCAGGCUCAUUCCCGGCCGCGUAA